AUGGCAGUGAGAACAAAAUCUUAUAUUGAUUUCUUCACCAAAGCUCAAUUCCUAGUGAACGAGCCAUCAUCUCCAUCUCACUGUCAUCACAGAUUCUCAGAGAUUCUCCUUGAACCUGGACAAGAGACUAUAGCAGCAAUCCUUGAAUCUGCAAUCCUUUCAAAGAAGUCUGAUCUCAAAGCCCUUCUCUUCAAUUACUUUGAAAUUAGUGCUGAGGCCUCCAAAAUCUGCAGCCACCUACUCAAAAGCAUCAACCAAGUUCAAUCCAACUACAAGUUCAUUCAACAAGUUCUUGACACCAUUGAUGACUCAGCUUGUGGUUUGGUUGCUAUAACUGCUAUGGUCCUAGCAGCACAUACACUCAGUGCACUUCUCUUGGGACCUGCGAUUUUCGUGUUACCUGUAAAGCCAUUAAAGAAGAAACUGCUCAAUUUUAGGUUUUUCAGAAGUGGGUUUCUGAGGAAAAUUGGAAAACAACUUGAUGUAGCAGCUAAGGGCACUUAUAUUUUGAAUAGGGAUUUUGACACAAUGAGCAGACUUGUGUCUCGCCUUCAUGAUGAGAUUGAACACAAUAAGGCAAUGGUACAGUUCUGUUUGGAGAGAAGUGAAGAUAAAUUGUCUCUGCAGGUAUUGAAGGAGCUGAAGAAGAGUGAUUUUGGGCUCAGGAAACAAGUAGAAGAGCUUGAAGAGCAUGUGUAUUUGUGCCUUAUGACAAUUAACAAGACUAGAGCUUUGGUGAUUAAGGAAAUCUCAACAUCUUGUGUAGAAGAUUUACCACAGUAG